CCGCGAUUUUUUUCUUCUCGGUAAAACCUUGCUCACCUAGGCUUCAUGCGCUCAGCCCGCACCCCAACCUGAAAGCAUCAUCUUCGGAACCCUGAAGGCGAGGGAAAGAAGAACAAGAAGAGCAGUGCGAAAGGGUAUAAGACGGUGCAACAGAGAAGAGGAGGGAAGGAAACAGAAAAAGAGGGGGAGAAACAGGCGGGAAGAACCGAAGACCAGAAAAAGACAGCGCCAUGGCUGCCAUUUGGACAAGGGCGCAUCAGCAAAGGGGCCUCACCCUCGGCAGAACCGCCUCCUUGCUCACUUCCCCCUCGGGUCUCAGGUUACUAGCAUCUAGCCGCCUGAUCUCGCGCCGGUCACAGGCCGCCAUCCCAUCCAUAUUAUCAUCACACCCCGCGCCCCCGAACCGCCUGUUGUUCGACUCGUCAAGGGAGCAGGCCCGGCAACUCCGCGCUCUCCACAACUCUGUCCGUUUAUUACAGAAACAGCCGCAGGAUGACUCCGGGCCACCAAGCGAAAAAGGCCAAGACAAGGCGGCUGAGGCCAAGGGUAGGAAACCAGCGGCCGAAGAAGCGGCUGAGGACGAGCUAGACGGCGACAAGAGGAAAAAAGAUGCGGGCGAAGGAGAGGAGGGCAGUGAGGGAGCUAAGGAGGGGAGCAAGGAGGACGGUGACAAGAAGAAGCAGGCCGGGGACAUGCCGCCCCCACCACGUCACGGCGACAAGACACCGUGGCAGGUGUUUAUGGAAACAAUGCAGUCCGAGUUCAAGCAGUCUAAAGAGUGGGAUGAGUCCACCAAAGCCAUCGCCUCGUCGGCACACCAGUUCACCGAGAGCGAGUCGGUGCGACGCGCCCGCCAGGCGUACGAGGCCACGUCGGGUGCUGUCUCCAACACUGCUGGAACGGUGCUGAAAGGAACCGCCAGCGCCAUCGGCAAGGGUGCCUCGUGGACCUGGGAAACUCCCGUCAUGAAGGGCGUCCGCAAAGCAGCCAACGUCACUGGCGAUGCCCUCGACGAAGCUACCAAGCCGAUACGCGAGACAGAGGCGUUUAAAGAUGUCAAGAACGUGAUCGAUGACGGGAGCAGCUCGAGGUACGGCGGCUGGGUCGACAAAGAGGAGAGGCGGAGGCGGCGAGAGCUGCAGCAGGCCGAUCCGUCCCAGGCCGGACCUGUCGCACAGGAGAAUACCGAGGCCGGCACCAAUGUUACCCUCCACAAAGACGCGGCGUGGAAGGAGGCAUGGAGAGAUUUCCGAGACUCGAACAAAUUUGUUCAAGGGGUCUUUAGCAUGAAGAGCACGUACCAGGAGUCAGAGAAUCCUCUCAUCUCGACGGCAAGGAGUAUCACGGACCGUGUGGCCGGGUUCUUUGCCGAGAACGAGACGGCCAUGGUGAUCAAGAAGUUGCGGCAGAUGGACCCGGCGUUCCAGAUCGAGCCCUUUCUGCGCGACCUACGGGAAUAUAUCCUGCCAGAGGUUCUCGACGCCUACGUCAAGGGCGAUGUCGAAACUCUGAAGCUCUGGCUGUCCGAGGCCCAGUUCUCGGUGUACGAAGCUCUCACCAAGCAGUACCUCCAGGUGGGCCUAAAGUCAGACGGACGCAUUCUCGACAUCCGCCACGUCGAUAUUCUGAAGGCCAGGAUGCUGGAGCCGGGCGAGAUCCCAGUCUUUAUCAUCACUUGCAGGACGCAGGAGGUGCAUGUGUACCGCAACUCCAAGACGAAGGAGCUGGCGGCGGGCAUGGAGGACCGUGUUCAGCUUGUGACCUACGCCAUUGGCAUCACAAGAGUUCCUGAGGAUGUCAACAACCCGGAGACCAGGGGCUGGCGCCUGAUCGAGAUGCAAAAGAGCAGCCGCGACUACAUAUAAACCCGCCCUCAUGGCCCAGGCUUGUCCUCACACCGCCCCAAUCCGCAAAUGCGGUCACGGGAUCACCACUGUGGUGGCUGCCCACACGCGGCCUUCUUCGGCGCUUCCAGAUGGCCUACUGCGGGCGACCCGGCGUUUCAAUGUCUGUCACCCCUCAGCUCGGUAUCCUCAGUUCCCAGAGCACCCGCCCCUAAUCCCGCUCCCUAACGAAAAACACCCCAUGUAUUAUUUCCGUGUACACUACCUACCCACCCACCCAUCUCCAGCCUCCACAAGCUCAUAACCAGGGCUGUUUCAUUCUUCCACUUGUACUAUCACAAUAAUCAGUGUCGGGAGCUCAGGGAGGAGGGGAACACUCUAGGGAGGCCAUAUGAUAUAAAUCUACAGAGGGGGGGGAAAGACAAGAAUCCGAAGCUCAGCGGGCUGUGGCGAACAGCCGAUUACUAGCUUCAGUCGAAAUCACCACUCUUCGUUGUGGAAGGGGCCUCGCUUUUCGUAGAGGAUCCUGUUGGGGAAAAUCAAAAGCCGACACGAAACCAUCUACCAAUCUAAAUACGGCCAGGCUCACGUCUGAGAAGCUACCUAUUUAUGCUGCGCUGGGUUGGUGUUGUGAUACCAAAAGCCGACUGGGAAACCGUCCAUCGGUGUGUCGGAGCCAAGCUUGCUGUGGCCGUCAAAUGGAAUCAGACGGGUGUCAGAUCCUGGGUGGUCAUGCAGUUGAUCUGCGUCUAAAUAUGGCCGCUACUCAGGCCAAAAGAGAAAUGGGCGGGAUGACGGCACUCGGCGGAAGUGCCUUGUUGGGCAGCUGGGUACCUGCCGAGGGAAGGUGCUGGCAGGGGACAAAGCCAAUGAAUGCCUCGUUUGGGGCAUAUUUUGUUUUGUCAGCGACCGAGGCUUGCGGUGGCCAGGGGCGCCCGUCGGGACAGCACGAUUGCUCAUUGGGAUAGGGAAUGACGAAAGACGCAAGGUUGCGGCGCGCCAACAGUGUUGCUGACAAUUCAGGGCGCCCAGCGCCCCAAUCGUCUGGAACCUCGAGCACUAAAACGCCAAAUUAUGAAUCAACUUCUUUGGUUCCCGCCGCAUAAAUAUCUGGGCAUGCUUGCCCUCGUUUUGGGUCUCUCGCCUUGAGCUCGAGGAAACGAAAGACGACAC